UUGCCACUCACAUGUAUGUAAUAUUGGAUCGUUUUCAUCAAUAAAUAAAUGAACAAGUACAAUAUUUUUUGUUUCAUGUGUAAUUGGGUUCUCUUUAUCUAAUUUAGCACUUGUGCAUAUUUAUGCAGAACUGCAGAAAAUUCUAAAGGGCUCACAAACCUUCAAGCACCACCGUAAAUAUAGCCUAACUGAAGUCAAGCCAGUCAAGUAGUUUCAUUUUAGAGCCCUCUGCUGCCUUUUAGGAAAAUUGCAGAAGAUAUCUAAGAUCACCAUCUAAGAUCCCAACCAAUCACGCAGUCUCUUACGUACAUUUACACAAACUCAGGAGCUCUUGUAAGAUUUUUUGUUUUUGUUUAUUUAUUUAUUUUUAUUUUCUUGAAUAUCACAUUUUCUGUGUAAAUGCUGUGAAAACAAUUUACAAAUACGUAAAUUAGGCCCGUUGUUUAGAAUGAGAAGCUUGUUUGUGGUUGGAAUGGUUUUCUUCCUGCAAAUCUGGCAACCCCGAAGCGGGCCUUGGGGACUCCGCUGGUGUGGCUGAAAAACAGGACGCAGAGGAUCUCGAUUUAACUCUGGAUGAAUGUGAAGUGUUUAACGUGUCGUAAACAGGGGUGUGUUUUCCCCACCCACAGUGACAUUUAAAGCCUGAAAGGACUUCCGGUUCUCCAGAUUGUCACUGUGUGUAUAGUAAUGGAGGGUCCGAAGCGCACUUUCACUUACACCAACAAGGAUUUUGUGUACGACGUGUGCCGGAUUGAUGGAAAGACGACUGAUGCUACGUCCAGGUUUGAUGUAGUCCUGAGAUACGGCUGGGCGGAGAAGAUGAAACGCGGGCUUUUCAGAUAUCACUUGGGGGAUCUGGAGACGCGCGUGUUACCCGGUGAGUGUGGAUAUAUUGCCCAGCUCAACAUUCAGAGAGGCACCGAAAGGAGAAAACCUCAGGUAAUCCUGAGCAUUCAACAGCAGUUCGACCCCAAACUCUUUAACUUCAAUAAAAUAAAUUCAUCGGAAAUCUUGUUUGAAAUGCAAAAUGCGGAAGAAAUGAUUGCUGAGAAAGGUUGCGCUCCAAACGGAAGCUGUGCCACGUGUGUUGUGAUCAUCAACGCGAGUCCAUUAGAGUUUGGGCACUGCUUGCUCGUACUCGAGCCUUCCCGGUGCCAUCCUCAGAUCUUAACGCCUCUAGCUCUCCAAUUCGGGGUCGAGUCCUUGUUUCUGAGCGCCGAUCCCGGAUACCGAGUCGGAUUUAACAGUCUCGGAGCGUUUGCCUCUGUCAAUCAUCUACACCUUCACGGAUAUUACUUGAAUCACGCUUUAAGGAUCGAGUGGGCUCGUACACAGCUGAUCCUUCCCAAAAAGAGCUUGUACCGGCUUCUGGACUUUCCGAAAGCAUUCAUGUUUUACACGGACGGCCAUGAGGACGCGCGCGUCGUCGCCACAACCGUCUGUAGACUCACCGACCUUCUCGUAGAGAGAAAUAUUGCCCACAAUGUCUUCAUGACCCGAGGCUGCCAUCCAGACAGUGAAAGUAAAGUCCUGUCCUCAGUGCGCCACGGCGUGCGCAUCUUCAUCUGGCCGCGAGUGUCGUGUUUUGGAGCGAAAGAGGAAUCAGCGUUUAACGUGGCACUGUGUGAACUGGCCGGCCAUCUUCCGUUUAAAAACAGGGAGGACUUUGAGGGCUUGGACGAGGAUGGGGUCAAAGCAAUUGUUCAGGGGUACCUCCUCAGUGACGAAGAGUUUGAUGACUUACAAAAACAAAUUGUUGAAAAAUUAUAAACUGCACUUGACCGGACUGCUGAAUAUUUAUAAUUGCUGUGUGUAGUUAUGUGUCUCUAGAUGUCGCCCAUAACCAGGAUUUCAAGGAUAACUUUGAAAAAUUCACCCAUUCGCCCACUUUCAGUAACCACGUGUCCUGGCAUUUAUCAAAAUAGGCCUACAGGCAACAUGAAUACAAAGAAAAUAAGUUUUACCGAAUUUUUUUUUAAACUCUGGUGGAUUUUUUUUAAAAAAAGUUUGUUUGUCCCUCAAAAGCAUUUACAUACAACUUUACUGAAAUAGUGAGAAAUGAGGUACCAUGUUGGUUUCCCCACAUUGUGAACACCAUGCCCACUCCAGCAUAAAAUUUAUGAAUUGACGUACAAUAAAAAAUGAAUAUUAAAACAUACAGCGUCCCUAAAUAUUUCCGAAGAAGACUCUAAAAUGAUCUCGUUUUAUUUCAUAUGCUGCAUCAAGCAUACUUGCCUAUAGCUUGCAAUAGUCUAUUUGUGAUGCACCUGUUAAGUCCCGACAUUUUAAUCAUAAGCACAUUACAUGCAUUUUUAUAUAUAUCUAUAUCUCCCAAUUAGCAGAGAACAUAAACCCGAAGAAACAUUUCGGAAAUACUCCUGAAAGGUGGGAACUGGGGACCUGGCAACACUGAGAGGGUUCCUCUCCUUCCUUACGUCAACUAAUCUGGCUUAUCA